CAUUUAUUGGUUAUAAAAACGUAAACACUAAAAUAUCUAUUUAGUUUGACUUUUAAAUCUGUGGAUUAAAGGUGUGUGUGAAGUCAAUAAAUCGACUUUGAAUUUCAAGAAUGUGUGGAAUUUUUGCGUACUUAAAUUAUCUCACUCCUAAGAAGAGGGAAGAAAUUUUAGAGUUAUUGGUAAACGGUUUGAAGCGAUUGGAAUACCGUGGAUAUGACUCCGCAGGUGUUGCUGUGGACUCGGCCGAGGCCAAGGAUAUCUCCAUUAUUAAGAAAUCAGGAAAGGUGGCAUUACUCGCCGAGGAAAUAAAAAAUAGAAGUGAUGAGUUAAACAUGGGCGUAACAGUGGACGUCCAUUGCGGCAUCGCCCAUACCCGUUGGGCCACUCACGGUGUUCCCAACGAAAUAAACAGCCAUCCGCAACGAUCAGAUCUUCAGAAUAGUUUUGUGGUUGUACAUAACGGUAUUAUAACUAAUUACAAAGAAGUGAAAGUAUUUCUGGAGAAAAAAGGACACCAUUUCGAAAGUGAUACCGAUACUGAAAUUAUCGCUAAAUUGAUUUAUCAUUUCCAUCAACAACAUCCAAAUUUUUCAUUCAGAGAAUUAGUCGAACAUGUCGUUCAGCAAUUGGAAGGAGCUUACGCUUUGUGCUUCAAGUCUAAAUAUUUCCCUGGCGAAUGUGUAGCAACUCGCAGAGGAUCACCACUAUUGGUUGGUAUUAAAACACGCACCCGUCUAGCUACCGAUCACGUACCUAUUCUAUACGGAAAGGAAGAUCCAUCGUCACCAAUUGUAAAAGAACACCGACCGCACGGUAGAGGCGAAUUUCCUACUUUACCAAGAACAGGUUCAACAUCAGAGUUUGAACCACUUGAGGACAAACAAGUUGAAUAUUUCUUUGCUUCAGACGCUUCAGCAAUCAUAGAGCAUACUAACAGAGUUAUCUAUUUUGAGGACGACGAUGUAGCUGCUGUUAAAAAUGGUUUACUCAGUAUCCAUAGAAUCAGAAGAGCUGGUGAUGAUCCACAAAAACGUGAAAUCACCACUCUUAAAAUGGAACUACAACAAAUUAUGAAAGGAAAUUAUGACUUCUUCAUGCAAAAGGAAAUAUUUGAGCAACCCGAAUCUGUUAUUAACACAAUGAGAGGUCGUCUUAACUUUGAAAAUGGAACUGUGACACUUGGAGGCAUAAAAGAUUACAUUCCGGAAAUAAAAAGAUGUCGAAGAUUGAUGUUAAUCGGUUGUGGUACCAGUUACCAUAGUGCUAUUGCUACAAGGCAACUGCUGGAAGAAUUAACAGAAUUACCAGUAAUGGUGGAGCUAGCCAGUGACUUUUUAGAUCGUACUACUCCUGUAUUCAGAGAUGACGUUUGCUUCUUUAUCUCCCAAUCCGGAGAAACGGCAGAUACACUUAUGGCUUUGAGAUAUUGUAAAUUACGAGGUGCCCUAAUUGUUGGUAUUACAAACACUGUAGGUAGUUCCAUUUGUAGAGAAUCGCAUUGUGGUGUUCACAUUAACGCUGGUCCAGAAAUUGGUGUUGCUUCUACUAAAGCAUAUACCAGUCAAUUCAUUUCUUUAGUUAUGUUUGCUUUGGUUAUGAGCGAAGAUAGAUUGUCCCUAAGACAAAGGAGACAAGAAAUAAUAGAUGGUUUGAAAAAUUUGCAAAAUCAGAUCCGUGAUGUACUCAAAUUGGACAAUAAAGUUAAAAGUCUUGCUGAAGAUUUGUAUAAAAAAAAAUCUUUACUUAUAAUGGGUCGUGGAUAUAAUUUUGCUACAUGCCUCGAAGGAGCAUUGAAAGUGAAAGAAUUGACAUACAUGCAUAGUGAAGGUAUUAUGGCCGGUGAACUUAAACAUGGACCUUUAGCGUUAGUGGAUGAAACCAUGCCCGUUAUGAUGAUUAUAAUGAGAGAUCCUGUGUACACAAAAUGCAUGAAUGCAUUACAACAGGUUACUGCAAGAGAAGGGAAACCAAUAUUAAUAUGCGAAGAAAACGAUAAAGAAACAAUAUCUUAUAGUCAAAAAUAUUUGGAAAUUCCAAGAACUGUUGAUUGUCUUCAAGGAAUUCUUACUGUCAUUCCAAUGCAACUACUUUCCUUCCAUAUAGCUGUUCUUAAAGGAUGCAACGUCGAUUGUCCACGUAAUUUGGCAAAGAGUGUUACAGUAGAAUAGUAUUAUUUUAUUCCUUCAUCUGUCUUCAAGGACUCUAAACAUUAUUAUUUUAUAAGUUUAAAGGGACCAGGAUGAAAUGUAAAAUAUUUGUUUUUUAAUUAUUUUUUGACGUCAAUCUUAAAACCUUUUUAGAUGUUGCCUUUGAAAAAUUUUUAUACAAUAAAAUGUGUUUAUAAUCAAGUUCCACUCAUUAUUUUAGUAAAAUUACGAAUUAGUGUUAUGUAAAUAGCUGUUCAGCUUCAAUUUCAAAUGCAAAUUGGAUUUAACCUGAAACAUGAUUUUUUGUAAUUUUAUUAUAUGAUAAAUUUUGCAAACUAGUAUAUUUCUCAGUAUUUCUAAUAAUAUAGUGAAAUACUUGAUUACUGUCCAUUCGUAUAGCGUGCGAAGUAAUUUCGCCGGAGUGAAAGUAAUAAAAAUAUAAACCAUAACUGUUCCUAUUAACACGUUCGCUACUAGUGCUACCGGCCCUAUUGUACUAUGUGAAUCACUGGUGCACAAACCGCGUAGUUUAUUCGUGAAACAAAUAUAUCACAUGUGAUAUUAUGCACUAAGAUGUUAAAUUUUAUUUCGAAAAUCCUGAUAUAUAGAAGUAGUAGAUGGCAGUGGUACAUAAAUCAAGUAUAAGUAUGUUAAAUGGGCAUUACCGGUGAUUUAUACUGGUCAAGUUAUAAGUGCUAAUUUGAAAUAAAAUGAAAUUUGCCGACU